AUGCCAGCACGCAUCUUUUUGGAUUUCGAGUCUUGCAAGGAGUAUUUGGAAAUACAACAUUACGAGGAACAUAAGGGGCAAAUGAUAGAGGAAAGCAGACUUUUGGAAUUAGUCAUGGAAAGUUGACAGGAGAUACAAGCGAAAAGAGAAGGAGAUGUGGUCAGCCUCUAUUUCCCAACUAAUCUGAAAAUUGUUGAAGAAGUUAUGGAACCACUCCUUAAAACGAAGGUUGAAACUAAAUCUAAUUCAAAAGGUAACCAAGCAAAUAACCAAAGCAAAAUAAAUAUUAUUGUCGGCCCUCAAUGCUUAUUUUUCGAACUUGGAAAUAUUUACUCUCACGAUCAUGAGAUUAUUGUCUUUUCAAACAACCAGAAUUUCUUCCAGAAAGAAUUUAUUCAAAGACUUACCAAAAAGAGUAAAUAAACAAGGGUAUAUUGAUCUGAAACAAAGAAAAGUUGAAUGAUUAUUUGAGGAAAUUGAAUCUAUUAAUUUAGAAAAUAUAUCAUUGAAUGAUCAAGAAGCUAACACUAAUGCUUCCGAAAGCACAGGUGUUGAAGAGAAUAAGUAUCAUAAAUCCAGUGAAGAACCAAAUGCCAGCAAAAUAAGUCAUGGACCAAAUAAGGUCUAUGGAUAUGAGAAAUCCUCUGAAACAAACUCAACACUUGAUUUCGAUUAUGGUAAAGAUAUCAAAAGUACUCUUCCUGCAUUCUUAGGGAAAAUUACAAACUACUUUAAUAAGAAAAAUGAAUACGAUAUGAUGAGUUUCUUGAAAGUACUUGAUAAUUUAGUUACAGAACAUUUACACAAACUAGAAAAGAAAUUGAGAAUGACUAUAAAUAAGGAAGAGAAAGAACACUACUUUAUUUAUAUUCGAGAUUACCUUUGUAUCAAUAACAUAACAACUGGUGAAUCACUCAGGCAAUUAGUCAUGAACAGAUCAAAAGUCUCAAUAGAAGAACUAAAGGAAAACAAUACUGUAAAAAUUGACACCUCCAAUAUCGAAACUCUGAUCUCUUAUCUAAAAUCAGAUAGACCCAAAUCUUCCCUCAAAGGCCAUAAAUUACUAUAUAAAAUUGAACAUUACGCUUCCAUAUGAUAUUCAAUUAUUCUAAAUCUGUUGAGUAAUGACUUCUCUAAGUCAGGUAAACCCAUCACUUCAGUAAAAGGCUUGAAAAAUACCAUUCACCACGUGCUCAAAAGUUAUUACAACAGUAAAUAGAGUGAAGGAGGAGCAUAAGAUGAUAAUUAAGAAUGAUAAAAGAUUGAAGUAUAUUAUUUUAAACUUACUGAAAAAGAAAGGAGUCUGGGAAGAAUUAGGUCAAGAAGAACUUACAAUAAACCACACCGAAUGAGAAUCUUUCCUGAAUGAUUUCAAGCUUAAAGAAAUGAAGGACAUUUUAGUUGAAAUCACCACUGAUAUCCAAAAGAUGACAGCGAGUCAGAACUCAUAGCCGAGCACUCAAAGCUAAUAAUUUCCUCUAAGUUGCCCUUUAUACACAUUCCGAGUUCACGAAUACUUCUAUUGACACCUUCCAAAUAAAAGGCUGUAUUGUUCCGUUAAAAUGAUCUUGAGCCUGUGCCAGGACUGGGUUUAGCUUAAGAAGGGUCCAGAUUAGGGAUGGCAUUUUUUAAUUAAUACAUUUU